AUGAAACUUCCCUCAUCCCCGCGUCGUCCGACGCCUUCCCCGUAUCUUGGCCAGCCCCAGACAUUGGAGAUCCCCCCGGUCACCUCGGAUUACCGCUUUUGUGUGGGCAUCAUGUUCGGCAUUCCGAAGUUCUUUGGCUGGAGAGGCCGGUCUCUCAACCUGGCUAUCAGUUCCCUUGGUAGUCUGGACUUCUUGCUAUUUGGUUACGAUCAAGGUGUCACGGGUGGUCUGCUAGACCUGCCCUCAUUCAUCAAAUACUUCCCCGAUAUCAAUCCACUAGAUCCAGCCAUCGCCGAUAACAAGCCCCUCCGAUCGCAGCGCAGUCUGAACCAAGGCAUUGCAGUCGCAUCGUACAAUCUAGGAUGUUUCUUCGGCGCCGUCUUGACUAUCUUCAUCGGUAAUCCGCUGGGUCGACGGAGGACUAUCUUCUGUGGCUGUAUGAUCAUGGCGACUGGCGCCCUAUUGCAAUGCACCGCGUAUUCCUUACCCCAUUUCAUUGUCGGCCGGAUUGUCACUGGUGUUGGCAAUGGUAUGAAUACAAGUACCGUACCCACCUGGCAGUCCGAGUCAGCCAAGGCCCACGAUCGUGGCAAGAUGGUGAUGAUCGAGGGUAUGCUCAUCACGGGCGGUAUUACUCUUAGCUACUGGAUCAACUAUGGCAUGUCAUUCAUCGGAGAAAAAGAGGUCGCGUGGCGGUUCCCUCUAGCUUUCCAGAUUAUCUUCGCUAUCAUUAUCUUCUGCUCUAUCCUCAACCUGCCCGAGUCCCCAAGAUGGCUUGUCAUGCAAGGCCGGACCGAUGAGGCUUUAGAGAUCCUCGAAUGUCUAAAUGAGAAAACUCGGGAUGACCCGUACAUCAAGAACGAGCUCAUCGCCAUCGAGGAAACUGUCAAGGAAAUGAACAAGGGCUCUUAUAGAAGUCUGUUCAAGAUGAGCGAGUAUCGAGAAUUCCAUCGCGUGGCACUGGCCUACGUCAACCAGAUGUUCCAGCAGAUUUCUGGAAUUAAUCUCAUCACCUACUACGCACCUUCACUGUACGCCGAGAUCGGUCUUGGAAGCGGCAACCUCCCAAAGUUACUAGCAGCCUGCAACGGCACAGAGUAUCUAAUGGCAGCAUUUAUCCCAAUUUUCAUCAUCGAGAAAGUCGGCCGUCGUCCACUGAUGCUAAUCGGCGCCGCCGGCAUGUCCCUUUCAAUGGCAAUCCUAGCCGGCACUAACUACCGCCUGACCGUCCUAAACGACAGCCGCGCCGGCAUCGGACAAGCAGUCUUCCUCUUCGUCUUCAACACCUUCUUCGCCAUCGGCUGGCUGGGAAUGACCUGGCUGUACCCAGCGGAAAUCGUGCCUCUGCGCAUCCGCGCUCCAACAAACGCACUAGCCACCAGCGCGAACUGGAUCUUCAACUUUAUGGUCGUGAUGAUCACGCCUGUUGCGUUCGAGAAUAUCGGAUACAAGACCUAUGUCAUCUUCGCUGUUAUAAACGCAUUCAUGUUCCCCUGUGUAUACUUCUUCUUCCCUGAGACACGCUACCGGUCCCUUGAAGAGAUGGACGCUAUCUUCAAGAAGUCUUCUAAUGUCUUCGAUGUCGUUACUAUCUCCGUUAAGGAGCCUUAUCGCUAUGACAAGCAUGGCGAGCUCAAACCUGAGUACCUGGAGGAGGCUACCCGCCAUGCGAGCACUGAUGUGCACAUCGCCGGUGCGAAGUUUGAUAGCGAUGAGAGCGGUAAUGAGGUUAAGGCUUGA